GACCCGCGCAGCGCCAGUGACUCGGGGAGUCGGCCCCCGCCUCCUCCCCUGCCCGGGCCUAGAACCACCCCCAAUCCGGGAGGCCGGAGACGGAGCUGGAGAGGCUGCCGCAUCCCGGCCCAGCCUCCUCCACCAUCCCUCCCCUUCCCGCUGGACAUCUGGACCCUGGGCCCCGCACCGACUGGGUUCCGGAAACCCUCCCCGCCCAGCUCGGCGGCCCGGCCCCGCGCCGCCCUCUCUGCAGAGUCCCCAGCCCUUUUCCAGACCAGACUUCCGCCUACCCCUGGACCCCCCCCUUCCCAUUCCCUCCCUCCCCCCCUCCCCCAGCCUGGAGCGGGGUAGGAGGGAGGGGGCGUGUGCGCCCUGCGCCGUCCCCGCCCCCCGUGAUUCCCCCUGCAUGGCCCGCCCGGGUGGGGGGUGCGGGGGGGCCUGGGCGCCAUGCGGGGGGGGCAAAAGGGGGGUCGCUGUGCCUGUCCCCGCGUGAUCCGAAAAGUGCUGGCAAAAUGCGGCUGCUGCUUCGCCCGGGGGGGACGUGAAUCCUAUUCCAUUGCUGGCAGUGAGGGGAGUAUCUCGGCUUCAGCUGCCUCGGGUCUGGCUGCUCCCUCUGGCCCCAGCUCUGGCCUCAGCUCUGGCCCCUGUUCCCCGGGACCCCCAGGGCCAGUCAGUGGCCUGAGAAGAUGGUUGGAUCAUUCUAAACAUUGUCUCAGUGUGGAAACUGAGGCAGAAGGUGGCCAGGCUGGACCAUAUGAGAACUGGAUGCUGGAACCAGCUUUAGCCACAGGAGAGGAGCUGCCAGAACUGACCCUGCUGACCACAUUGUUGGGGGGCCCUGGGGAUAAGAUUCAGCCACCUGAAGAGGAGACUUUGUCCCAAGCCCCUGAGAGUGAAGAGGACCAGAAGAAGGCUCUGGAAAGGAGUAUGUACGUCCUGAGUGAACUGGUAGAGACAGAGAAAAUGUACGUGGACGACUUGGGGCAGAUUGUAGAGGGUUACAUGGCCACCAUGGCUGCUCAGGGGGUACCGGAGAAUCUUCGAGGUCGUGACAGGAUUGUGUUUGGGAACAUCCAGCAAAUCUACGAGUGGCAUCGAGACUAUUUCCUGCAGGAGUUACAGCGGUGUUUGAAGGAUCCUGAUUGGCUGGCUCAGCUAUUCAUCAAACAUGAGCGCCGCCUGCAUAUGUACGUGGUGUACUGUCAGAAUAAGCCCAAGUCAGAGCAUGUGGUAUCAGAAUUUGGGGACAGCUAUUUUGAGGAGCUCCGGCAGCAGCUGGGGCACCGCCUGCAGCUCAACGACCUCCUCAUCAAACCAGUGCAGAGGAUCAUGAAAUACCAGCUGCUGCUCAAGGAUUUUCUCAAGUAUUAUAGUAGAGCUGGGAUGGAUACUGAAGAGCUGGAGCAAGCUGUGGAGGUCAUGUGCUUCGUACCCAAGCGCUGUAAUGACAUGAUGACCCUGGGGAGACUGCGGGGGUUUGAGGGCAAAUUGACUGCUCAGGGGAAGCUCUUGGGCCAGGACACAUUCUGGGUCACAGAGCCCGAGGCUGGGGGGCUGCUCUCUUCUCGAGGUCGAGAGAGACGUGUCUUCCUCUUUGAGCAAAUCAUCAUCUUCAGCGAGGCCCUGGGAGGAGGAGUGAGAGGUGGAACGCAGCCUGGAUAUGUGUACAAAAGCAGCAUCAAGGUGAGCUGCCUGGGACUGGAGGGGAACCUCCAAGGCGACCCUUGCCGCUUUGCACUGACCUCCAGAGGGCCAGAGGGUGGGAUCCAGCGCUAUGUCCUGCAGACUGCAGACCCUGCGGUCAGUCAGGCCUGGAUCAAACAAGUGGCUCAGAUCCUGGAAAGCCAGCGGGACUUUCUCAAUGCACUGCAGUCACCCAUUGAGUACCAGAGACGGGAGAGCCAGACCAACAGCCUGGGACGGCCAGGAGGUCCUGGGGUGGGGAGCCCCGGGAGAAUUCGGCCUGGAGAUCGGGCCCAGGUCAGCACACACACACCCAUCAAUGGCUCUCUUCCCUCCCUGCUGCUGUUUCCCAAAGGGCAGGUGGCCAGAGUCCCCCUGUCCCUGGACACACAGGCCUCCAGUGACAUCCCCCAGGUUCCUCAUGACUCUCCUCCAGUUCCACCAAUUCCAAACACCCCUCCCUGCCAAGCCAGACUUGCCAAGCUGGAUGAAGAUGAGCUGUAACUGGUGAAGGCCAUGGGGUGGUGCUGACUCAGCCACUCUGUUCCCCCAGGAACUUCAGGGCAAUCCUUCUGGCAGCGCCCCAGAAUUCCUCCCUCUUGGUGUAUCUGGAGGGUGGGCAAGGCUGGGAGUGUCAACUUGGAGAAGGGAACCUAGACUCAGAAAGACUUCUUUCUGCUCAAGGAACACAGGUUCUUUCAGCCCCCACCCCUAUGCAUGCAUCACAGGUCCCCCCAAAAGGAGGAUAUGUGGGUGGGUAGGAGGGCUGGGGCAAGGGCCAGACAGAAACUAUUGGUUUUGUUUUUGAUUUUGUUUUUUCUGUUUUUUGAGAAUAAAGGUUUUGUUAUAUCACUAAA